AUGUCGUCGGUAGUUCUGGUCGCGUUCGCUGUCGUCAUCAUCGGCUACCUCUUCAGCCAGUUCUAUAAAACCCUGAAAGAGCUCGUCAGGCUCAAUCGCAUUUGCAACAAAGAAUUCAAAGUCAGUAAGUCUUUCCAUAGCUCUGUAGGUAUAAAAAAACAACAAGAUUAAGUUUUUGUAGAGUCGUCUAUUCGAAAAAUUAUGAAGAAAAAGAAUAAAAGAGGGAAGAAAAAAAGAAUAAAGAAACUUCCGAAAGUAGACUCGUUUUUUUGGUUGAAGGCGCAUAGAUAUUUUUGAGAAUUAGCAUCGGCGCGAUGAGACGCUCAUAUUCACGGAUUUAAAAAAAUUUCCUCUUUUUUCUUUCUUUUUCGAUUUUUCUUAUCGGAUAAUAAAGUAUUUCUAUUUGUUCCAGUUCUUUUGCGGAAUUAAAAAGAUCAUUAAACUUGUUGGUCCAAGGCUUGUUUUGGUUUUCGUCAAGUGUUGUCUAGCUUUAUCAGUAUCUGCCAAUUUUUUUUUCCUGCAAUGCUGUUGACCGUUCAAACAGCACGUGGUGACUGGGCGAUAACGAUUAAAUCAGACUUUGAAGCAUGACGGAACUUCGAAAAAGAAAUCUGAUUUUAGAAAUUGAAUGGGCCUCCUGCGCUUCCAUUGAUCGGAUCGGCACAUCUUUUCGAAUGGGACAAUCAAAGUCAGUUUUUUAAACGGCAUUUUAAAGUUUGAGUUUUAAGAGUUUACUUAUCAAAUCGAAGGCUGGGGACGGUCCUACGGUGUGGCUCCGGACAGUUGCGGCGCCAUAAAAGUUGAAAGAACAAUAUGAUUCAAUAAAGAACAAGUUUUUCAGCUCUGGAUCGGUCCGGUUCCGUUGGCCAUCCUUCUCUCACCCGAAGCUCUUCGAGUGAGAAAUUGAGGGAAAAAAAGUGUCAAUUCUGUAUUUAGCCGUUAUUGGAAAGCACAGAAAACAUCACAAAGCCUGAGCAGUACAAUAAAAUCACUGAAUGGAUCGGUUCUGGACUUUUGACAAGGUUCUGUCUAAUGAAAGGUCGAAAUAAAUAAGUUUAAUGUUUUUUUUAGCACCAACGAGAAAUGGCGCUCUCGGCGAAAGAUCCUCACACCAACUUUCCAUUUCACCGUUUUGCAAAAGUAUCAAGAAGUCUUUGCUCGGCAAGGCAUGGUUGGUUGAAAAGGAGAUAUCUGGAUUAAUUUUAAAAUCUCCAAGCUGAUGGUUUCCCUGAUAGCUCGGGCGAGCGCAACUCCUGAAGGAAUCGACAUAUUUCCUUAUAUCAAACGUUGCGCCUUGGAUAUUAUUUGUGGUUUGUUUCAAUACACAACUUCCGUAGUUUUUUUCUACUCAAAAGUCAUGAAGGUUGUUUCCGAUCUUUUGUUGUAGAAUUUGGAGACGUAGGAAUAAGCUUCAUUUUUUCUCAAUUUUUUGCACCUUCAAAAGAUAAUAGUACUGGCUUGUCAAUGCAGAUAUCAUUUUCCCUUGAUUUUUAUUGAAACACGCCUAUUACUUCAUCACAUUCAGAAACAGCCAUGGGAACGACUGUGAAUGCUCAAAUUUGUUCCAAUAAUGCGUAUGUUGAUGCCGUUCAACGCAUCAGUGAGAUCAUCUGGAAUCAUGAGCGGUUUUUCGUCUUGCAUUUCUCUAUAAUCUGCAUUCUAAGGCUUCCCUGGCUCUGGUUGAAGCCGAUUUUCUACUUGAGUGGCCUCGGAUUCGAGUUUGACCGCAAAGUCAAGUUGACAAAUGAUUUUACGAGAAAGGUGAGACUGAUAAAAAUUUUUUUUUUGGUUGUUGAUGACGUCAGCUUUGAAAGAAAGCUAAUGAAGGUCUAGAUACCGUUUUAAAUUUUUGCUUAGUUUUCUUCAGCUUAUUUGAUCAUAGUUUACAGCAGGUUUCAAGAUAAUUAACAAGUUUGAGGUUUUAAGAAGCGUUCUAGACUUGAUUUUCGUCUUUUUACUGGGCUUUUUUUCUUCUUAUUUCGCUUUAUAACCGUAAAGUUUGCUCUAAAAUCGGACUUACAAACAGUUUCAAUUAUGAAUGAAGGCUUCUUCCAUCUAAAAUAAUAUUGUUUCAGGUGAUCGCUGAUAAGAAAAAAGAGAUCGAGGACCACGGCGACCCUGAAACUUUCGGCGUUGAUCCCGAUACUGGCGCUCCGAAGAAAAUGGCGUUUCUCGACAUGUUGCUGAAGAUGCAGACCCAGAAUACCCUUUCUGAUGAGGAUAUCCGCGAAGAAGUUGAUACAUUUAUGUUUGAAGGUUUUCUUUCGAGAAAUAAAAUCGAAGGGAAAGAACAUAUUGAGUUCAGGCCACGACACGACGGCCAGUGGGAUGGUUUUCACUCUUUGGUGGCUCGGCCAGUACCCAGAGUACCAGGCGAAAGUUCACGAGGAGCUGGACGAGAUCUUUGGAGAUGAUUAUUUGAGACCACCUUCAAAUGAUGACGUAAAGAGAAUGGUCUAUCUGGAAAAGUGUAUUAAGGUGAGCCAAUAAGAGAAAAAAACUAAUAGAUAUCCCAAUUUAAUUUUUUUCGUAGUCUGGUAAAAUAUGAUAUAAAAUAGAUGUAUAGAAAAAGACGGAGAUGAUUUAUUUUUUUAAACAAGCCACUCAAUUACAAGAAAACUAUUUAGUUUUUUUUAUGAAUACUGAGAAAUUCGGCUAAAAUCGAAAGCAAAUAGUAGCGAACGACUUCAGAAAAAAAAAAGUUUCAGCUUUUCAUAUCAUUAAUUUGUUUAAAGAAAGACUUAUUUUGAAUGAAUGAAAUGUUUAUUUCGCUCACAGACAGAUCUGUGGCGUGGAGGAAUUAAAAAAAAUUUUUUUUUUCAAACUACUCUUUUGCGAGUUGAAGAAAGUUUCCGCUCCAAUUCUUUUCUCACAGAGUUCUUAGAUUAUUUACGGAACUAUUUUUUUUUAAAUAUGCUUGAAAACUUAUUCUUUUUUUUCCACUUCAGGAAGCUCUACGACUCUUCCCAUCAGUUCCAUUCAUUGCGCGACGCCUUUCCCAAGACAUGUUCAUUCGUGAGGGCAAAACAUAUUUUUUGAAUAACUGAUAAGACUUCUACAGCACACGCAACUCAAGGGAGCGUAAGACUUCCGGCGGGAAUGACUGUAGUCGGAGUGCCCCUGGCGGCGGGGAGAGACGCCAGGUAUUCCCAAUAUUUACCGAUAAAUAAAGGUAAAAUGUAACUAAGGUACUUCGAAAGACCCGAAGAUUUCUUCCCGGAACAUUUCGACGCAGAACGAGUCGCCAAACGAGAGCCCUACGCCUAUGUCCCUUUUUCGGCUGGACCCAGGAAUUGCAUCGGUUUUUUUUUGAACUAACAAAAAAGUGGAAAGAUAGUUUUGAACUUCAUUGCUCCGAACUAGAAAUAAUUUUUUUUUUUCAUCUUUUGCUUUUUCAACUAGUUAUGACGCCUAAAAGAUCAGACUCGACUCCUAUUUUUUCAAUAAAGAAUGUAAAGUUUUUCGCCUUUUUAACUAGAUUUAAAGGUAAUUCAAUAUUUUUUGAACAAAAUCAAAUCGUGUUUUCGAAAUAGGUUUCAACAAAGUUUCGCCAAACUUAUAUAUUUGCAACUCCCUUCAAUUUUGAAGAAAUUUCCAAACAUUUUCAGGCCAGAAAUUCGCCAUUUUGGAAGAAAAAACGGUCCUUUCCUGCAUUUUCCGAUGGUUCCAAGUUGAGUCGGUCGAAAAAUGGCCAAAAGGUCGUCCUGUUCCGGAAUUGAUUCUUCGGCCGGCCGGAAAAGUCGUCGUCAAGAUGCGAAGACGUCAAAAACUUUGA